CUAGCGAGCCCAGCAACUACGGUACGAGCUUGACGGAUUUUCGUGAUCUUUUUUUCUCCCUCCCUCUUCUCGAUCGGAUAUCCCUCUGCAACCACCCAACAACCGAGCAAGAUCAGUAGUUGAGUCGCAACAAUGGCUCCUCUCUCUUACUCCAAGACCGCCAAGGUCCCUCGUCGUCCUUUCGAGGCCGCCCGACUUGACUCCGAGUUGAAGCUCGUUGGCGAGUACGGUCUCCGCAACAAGCGUGAGGUCUGGCGUGUCCAGCUCACCCUGUCCAAGAUUCGUCGUGCUGCCCGUCAGCUCCUUACCCUCGAUGAGAAGGACCCCAAGCGUCUCUUCGAAGGAAAUGCCCUCAUCCGUCGUCUCGUACGUGUCGGUGUCCUCGACGAGUCCCGCAUGAAGCUCGAUUACGUCCUGGCCCUCAAGGUCGAGGAUUUCUUGGAGCGCCGCCUCCAGACUUGCGUCUACAAGCUCGGUCUCGCCAAGUCCAUCCACCACGCCCGUGUCCUCAUCCGCCAGCGCCACAUACGCGUCGGCAAGCAGAUCGUCAACGUCCCCUCUUUCAUCGUCCGUCUCGACUCCCAGAAGCACAUUGACUUCGCCCUGACCUCGCCCUUCGGUGGCGGCCGCCCCGGUCGUGUCCGAAGAAAGAAGGCCAAGUCCGCCGAGAAGGGUGGCGACGAGGAGGAGGAGGAGGAGGAGUAAAUCCUCCCCUCGAAUGUAUGAAGCCAUGAUCAUGUUGUGGACCAUGAUAGGAAUCCACUGGUUGAGGGAUCUGAUACUACUUUAUGGGCAUAUGGAGUCAAAAGCCUUUCAUAGCUCACGGCGUUAGGCCAGGGAUCAGGGAAUUGCAUGAAAAUGAUUUGCACCACCAACCAUUUACCUUCAACAUGAUCAUCUCCGGUUUCAA